AUGGAGGGAAGUGUUGCUGGUGAGCUCAAGAAUGAUACACAUACCGCUGAUAAAGCACCAGUUUCUGCUACAACUGCAGAAAAGAAUAUUAAAGCACAGACACGUCCCAAUGACACGAGUGCAGAGCACAAUAACAUUGACCGACUUGCGCUUUGUCAUGGAAUAAAAAGGCAAGACGGUAAAGAAUACCCACCAAACACUCUUACACAAAUUGUCAGUGGUCUGCAACGUUAUCUUAAUACAGAGUGUCAAAGACCUAACAUUAACUUCUUUCGAGGAGAAACACAGUUUAUUGAUAUCAGAAAGUGCUUAGACACUCGCAUGAAAGAACUCCAUGCACAGGGAAUUGGCAUAAAAACAAAUGCAGCUGAUCCUGUGACAAUCGAAGACGAAAUUCAGCUAUGGCAAUCAGGGGUGUUUACCUUUGAUACUGCAGUAGGUUUAAGCAAUGCAGUUUUCUUUUACAAUGGGAAAUUAUUUGGGUUUCGUGGCUUUCAGGAGCACGUGAGCUGCCAGGCUGAUCAGUUUGAAAUUUUAAAAGACAGUGCCAAGGACCUGCGUUAUAUUAAAUUUACACCAGGGUUACGUAAAAAUUCUCAAGGAGGGCUGGAAAACCGAAAUGCAUCUCUUAAGCCCAUUAUUCAUUGCGAGCAGAAAGACAGGGCAUAUUCUAUUAUAAAUCUUUAUGACUUAUAUUUGUCCUUGAUACCGCGGGUGGGUGCUUUCUAUAGGAAGCCAACAGGAAGUGUAGAUGAAAACGGAUCUCCGAAAUUUGGUGCUGCAGCAAUAGCCCAAAAUUCUAUUAAGUCUAUGAUUAAGAGAUUCUAUAAAGAAGCAGGCAUUGAUAUGACGGAUAGAGGAAUAAGUAAUCAUUCUGCUCGGGUUGCACUUUGUACCACAUUAUAUAAUAAAAAUUUCCAUGACAAGGCAUAA